UCGUCCCCACAUGUAACAUCCAAUUUUGUGAUAAGUGAUACGAAAACGGUGUGAUAUGGAUGUGGAAGUGCGCGUCAUAGACAACUCAAAAGGCAAGGGGCUCUUCGCGAAAAAGUCGUUCAAAAGCGGCUCUAUCAUCUUCGAGGAGGACCCUCUGGUGUCGUGCCAGUUUUCGUGGAACGCGGCUUACCAAUAUUCAGCUUGUGAUCACUGUUUGAAACCGUUAGAGACGGCUCAGGAGAAUGCUCGUCGGCUUAGCGGCAAAGCGGAGCUGGAGCUCCCGUUUCUGGAGUGUUGCACCACCGAUAAGUCGAAAUUCACGAUUUGUAGCCUCUGCGGGGUCGAAUAUUGUUCAGUGGAGUGUCAAACUAUGGCCUAUAACCAGUACCACAGAACUCUCUGUCUGCAAACAAUGCAAAGAAACAAUUCUCAUCCCUUGGAACAGUUGAAUGAGGCGUGGAAAUCUGUGCAUUAUCCGCCUGAAACUAAUACUGUAAUGCUAAUAAUCCGUCUUUUGGCUCGAAUCAUCCAAUCCCCAAAUCGCGACGUCGCGAUUGAACAAACUUUGCAGUUUUGUCAUCGCACGGUGAACGAAGAUGCCGAGCUUGCACAUAAGCUCUUAGGGGAGAAAUUCGCCAGUCAGCAGGCUCUUUUACACAAUUUACUCCUGCAAUGUAUCCCUCAUGACGGAAUCGAACAGUUUUUGACCCCCGUGGGUUUCCAAGGACUGCUGGCUUUGAUUGGGACCAACGGACAAGGGGUGGGAACGAGUGCGAUUAGCCAGUGGGUUACUAGAACCUCAGACUUGGCGAUAACGGACGAAGAAAGGGCUGUAUUGGACAAGUUCAUUGACAAACUAUAUGAAGAUAUGGAUUCCCAUUCCGGGAAUUUUCUAAACAAUGAAGGGGUUGCUCUUUUCACGUUACAAAGUGCGUGCAACCACAGUUGCGUCCCAAACGCUGAACCCACGUAUCUCCAUAAUAACAACAGGCUGUCUUUGGUGGCCAUGAGAGAUAUCCAGGAAGGAGAGGAAAUUUGUAUCAGUUAUUUGGACGAAUGUAGUGUGCAGAGGUCACGCCAUUCCAGGCGGAAACAACUAAUGGAAAAUUAUCUUUUCGCCUGUAAUUGCCGCAAAUGUGAAGAACAAGCCUGUGACCCUGACGUCACAAGCGAAGAGGAUGAUGACGAAAUGAGCGACUAAAAUAGGAUAAGUUGAAAUCAAUACAUUCUAAAACUUUCAGGUAGCUAGGACCCUCUAAUCGUGGAUUUAAUUGUGACUUUAACGAAUAAAAUAUUUUAUUUUUUGUUCGAUCACUCGAAA